UGGGCAUUAUCAAACAGAGGGGCUUCAACUUCCUACAAACUAAACUUAUAAUAAUAUGCAAAAGGAAAUAUCCACAGCGCUCUGCAGGAUAGCAGCACAUCGCUAAUACCACACAAGCAUUGUGCGCAGACCGUGCGGGUUCUCUGACUUUAAAAAAAAAAAAGUUUCAAAUGGGACACUAUACUUUCAGUCAACGCAUGUCAUCAGUAAAUAAAAACUAAAAGAAGUCGUAUAAUGGAACAUCUUUCUGACUUGUUGCGGUUUUUACUUUUUGGAUAUUCAUGUAUUUUGCGGAUAUUUUGGAUGCAAAUAAACACGUCGCAAGCACAGCUGGCUCCAGAGUGUUACCCAAGUGGCCAUCAGGUCUUGGAGAACCCCUACCGCAGCGUCAGCUUUGAUUCCGUUCAGCUCCAGCGCACUGCGAUCCAGGACCUGAUCUGUGACCACUCUCUGUCAGCUGGGUGGUACCGUUUCAUGAUCGAUAAGAGGCCGGCAGAGAUGCCAACUACAUGUGUAGAAAUGAACAAGUGUGGGACACAGGCACCUGUGUGGCUUUCAGCCCAGGAAGCUUCUCUGCCUCGCCGAGGGGAAGUGAAACAGCUGUCUGCCUGUGGCACUUGGCAGUUUUUUCUGGGGAGCAAGAAAGACUGUUGUCUGUUCAGAAUCCCGGUGUCGGUCCGAAACUGUGGGGAAUUCUUUGUUUACUAUUUACAGCCAACUCAAGGAUGCAUGGGUUACUGCGCUAAAGUGGUAACUGAAUUAAAACCCAAAGGAUGCCUUGCCAGCGAGGUGGAGGUUAACGGCAUAUGUCAAGAAAGACUUGCAGCCAUACCUUUGAAGCCAGCCAUUACCCCCGAGCUAAUGGGCAACACUGUUCACCUGAAAUGUACCUAUGAAAGUGUGACACACGCUUCGCCCCUGGCCUACCUGGUGACCUGGUCACGGCACCUAUCUCUAAAUAGGAAGGAGGAAAUCAGAAGAGACUCAUCCCUGCAGACGUUCUCCCUUGUUGAGAUGGAUGGAGUGAAUUUUAAACUUGGGGACAAGAUUUCCUGUAGUGUCUCCAGAUUUUUAAGAGAUUAUCCUGAAAUGCAAUCUGUACCCCGAGAAAGUGAUGUGUUCUUUGCUGGGAUUAAGUUUGUGCCGGAGUCUUUGCAGAUUGCGGAGGACAGUCGGGAGCACCUGGUGACGAUUCACAGCACUGUGCCCAUCCCCUGUCCCACCAGCAGGGGGCCCCUGGAGUGCCGAGUCAGACUCCACCUGAGCACAGACGGUUCAGACAGCCUGGGUCUGGAAGCCCCAAACAUUGCUCUCUCAGCGUGCCAGGUGGAUCUGGAGCAAACCCCAUGUAAGGCCGACAGCUGUGCUCGUGCCUCUCUGCUGCUGACGGCUGUGACAGACUUCACUCGAGACGGGAACUGCGCCAGUCAUGUCAGAGCAGAGCCUGACCAGAGAAGUCCCGGUCUCUGGAGGAACUACACUCCAAACCCUUUGAAGGUAAUGGUCCAGGACAUUCCAACUGGAAAUUGCUACUCUUUAACUGAUCCCCAUAUCAUUACAUUUGAUGGCAGGCGCUAUGACAACUACAAGACAGGAACAUUUGUGCUGUACAGAAGUUUGGCCCGUGAGUUUGAAGUUCAGGCCCGCCAGUGGGACUGUGGGAGUCGCCAUUAUGCUGUGUCCUGUAACUGUGGAGUGGUGGCAAGAGAAGGCAAUGACAUCGUGGUUUUCGACAUGUGCAAUGGACAGCUGCAAGAGAGCAGGCCUCACCUGUCAGUGAAGAGGGCAGGUGCAGCCGCGUCCGACAAAAUCAAGAUCCUGGAGGCUCAUCAGGGGAAAAAAAUAACUAUUGUCUUCCCCUCUGGUGCCUUUGUCCGGGCAGAUGUGAGUGACUGGGGCAUGAGCCUGUCACUGAGAGCUCCCAGCCUGGACUUCAACAAUACCAGAGGCCUGUGUGGCAUCUUUGACAGAAAUAGUCAGAAUGACUUCCACAGUAUUCAUGGCACUACAUUCCCAGGUUCACAUAGAAGUAAAUACCCUGAGGAAUUCAUAGAGGAAUGGAGGAUACCGCCUGGGGAGAGCUUAUUUGACAUGAUGCCACAAGCUGUUGAAGCAGAGAUAAAGAAAAAUUUCUGCAAGUGUCAGAAGGAAAACAGCAUGUCUCUCCAUGCCGUGAACACAACAGCUGGUCUAAAUGACCGCUCACCUGUAGCAUCCUGCUUCUCUAAUGAUAAUGUGGAUUACACAUCAGUCUUUCCCUCUCUCGAUGUUACCUCAGAGUACAUCUUUAGCCCUAACAGGGAGCGUAGCCUCAAGAAGCGUGGGACACUGCAGACUGUGAAAGAGCCUGGGAACCAAAUGCAGGUCCCUGAAAGUCAAAAGAGUCAAGGUGAACUUUUAACCCCAAAGGUUGACAGCCUAGAUUUUUCUUCCGAGAAGGCUCAGCUGUACUUCAAAAGAGACUUCAAACAAUCAGCGACAAUCAGCAGUGCUCAGGAAAAUCAAACAUUCAGCAGACAGAGGAGACAAGGCUAUCAGGAGCAUUUGCCAAUCUUCACAUUCCAAAGUCUGAGCCAAGCAGAUUUGCAGGGCCUCACAUAUUUCUUUCCAGAGGAUCACUUAUCACAGAGCCGGCCUGAGGUGCAGCCGUUGUGGCCGACUCCCAGUGGUCUGACAUCUGUUAAAGCCUUAGAAAUCUGCCAGGAAGUCCUUGGCAACUCCACCAUCGGUGUUGUUUGUAAAGACCUCCUGGGAAGAAGACUAGAGGAGGCCAUUGACAUGUGCAUUUCAGACCUGCAGCUGAAAGAUGACCUUGCAUGGGAAGCUGGCAUGUUACCUUUUCUCGAAAAUGAGUGCGAAAGAAGGGUUCUGGAGAACAGGACGAGAAAAUCCCAGAUCUCAGGGCAUUACACAGGCCAUCCGGAAGAAAUCAUCACUGCACUGAGGUGCCCUAAUUUCUGCAGUGGAAAUGGACAUUGCACUGAAUGGGGCUGCAAGUGUUUCUUUGGCCACACUUUUCAUGACUGCAGUCUUACUAUUAGUCAGCCUCCUGAGAUAACAGACCUGGAGAACAGUGGCCUCUGUGAUAUACGAGCUUAUGAAUGCAACAAUAUUCGAGCUUUUGGACUGGGCUUCAUAGACACCCCAGACCUGCACUGUCAAGUUACUAGAUUGAUGUAUACCAACAGUGAGUGGGUACAUGGAGGUCGAGAGGUGACAAAAGCUACAUUCCUCAGCUCUAAGGCAGUGGACUGUGUGGUUCCUCCUUUGCACAGCAUGACCAUGGAAACUGUGGACUUUAUGGUAGAUGACAAGCCUUUUGCGAGAUGGGAAAUACAGAUAACUAAUGAUGGUUCCUUGUACAGCGACCCUAAGGUUUUGACUUUAUAUGAUGGUGUGUGCCAAGUCUGCGAGUCCUCUCUCAAUGGGCUUUGUAAGUUAAAGGAGAAAACCUGCAACAUUGAUGGGUUGUGUUUUGUGGAAGGGGAUUCCAGUCCCAGCAGCCCUUGCCUGCGGUGUGACCCCAGAAGUUCAAAGUUCACAUGGUCUGUAAAUGAAAACAAUCAGCCCCCUGUGCUGCAGGAACCAACUGGCAAACUGCAGACAUUCUCUGGCGAGAAUUUCAUCUACCAGUUCUCAGCAGUGGACCCUGAGGGCUCUGCCAUGCUGUUCCUGCUGGAGUCAGGCCCACAGGAUGCGUCUCUCUCUCCAGCAGGUCUUCUCAUCUGGAAAGUCCAUUCAGAAGAAGCCCAAACCUUUGAAUUUACAGUAUCAGAUGAAUGUAACGCACAAAACAGAUAUACAGUGGAGGUUUCAGUGAAGCCUUGUGGUUGUCACAAUGGAGGGACUUGUGUUACAAACAUCAACUUUCCCCCGGGAAGUGGCAGAUAUCUGUGUGUGUGUGCCCCUGGCUUCAAGGGAGAUCUUUGCCAAGAAAACGUCGAUGAGUGUCAAUCAAACCCUUGCGGUGCAGGCAUUUGUGUUGAUGGAGUCAACGGCUUCUCGUGUCAGUGCCCAGUUGGUCUCAGAGGUACCACAUGCCACGAGGAUUUGAAUGAGUGUGAGAAGACACCAUGCUUUCCAGGAGCUCCCUGCAUCAACAGCUUUGGCUCCUUCAGAUGUGGAAGCUGUCCACCAGGCAUGCUGGGAGAUGGGAGGUCAUGUGAAUCUCGGAGACGUGUGGACAUCAUAGACACGGCUGCUCCUGACACUCAGAGUGUGCCAGAUCAGUUAUCCAGGAUGGAAAGUGUCAGGCUUCAGCCUCCAGAGACCCCAAAAGAGGCUGAAAAAGGUCCAUUUGUAGUUAAUGCACUCAGCGAUAGUAGAAAUACAGGGCCCUCCCCUCCAGUGGACAGCAAGACCAGGUGUGCGAGCAGGCCGUGUUUCCCAGGUGUGCAGUGCAUUGACCGGAGGCCUCCAUACGCUGGCUAUGUUUGUGGCCGCUGUCCUCCAGGGCUCUUUGGUAAUGGCCACACGUGUGUGAAGCCCAGUGGAGCAGUUCCUCCUCAUCAUGCCACAAGACUAACACAGCUAAAGAAUACUCAAAUACACUACAUCACGAAUAAAGUUUCUCAACCUCUUUUACCUGUUGUACCCUCAAGAAAUGUGGAAAAGAAAGUUUCCAGGCCUAAAAUGAUGACAAAUAAAGCCACAACAAGAUAUCUCCAAGCUCAGGAUCCUGGAUAUAAGAAUGAGAAUAAAGAGACAAUUGUUCUACCAGAACAACUUGUUACACAAAGCAACUCUCCAGACAGACCUCAUCAUUAUUAUGACCAGCUCCCAACUCCCACUCAUUUUCCAAACACCACCCUUAGGACAAACACUAAAAGCAACAGUUCUUCUCAAGAUACAAAAUAUCUUCAUGUGACAGCUAGAAGUCAACAGCACAAUGAUUCCUCCUGGAGAUUUGUCGGUAUUACAAUACAGCCCUUGCAGGAACACACACCUGCGCACAGCGAAGAUGUCAGAAUAACAAAGCCUCAGAAUUCUGCUAAACAUGCCAGAACCAGGUCUUCAGCAACUUCAAUUUCAUUAACUAGAACAAGAGCACAGUCCUCUACAAAGUCACACCUCCAAUGGUCAUCUGCUCUUACCGCUGCUCUUACAUCUUCAUCCUCUGCCAUGUCAGAAACAGAAUUUGCAGAUGAUAGUGUCUUUGGAAAGCAGAUAUCCAAGACCUCUGUUCAUCAUGUGCCUAAGACCCAGACCACAACAGCUAGAAGACCUUACACCUCUUCCUUUAAUGUAGCGACCCCUCUGCACACAUACCUCACCUCUCAGAUAAGCAACCACCUUUUCAUGGUGGAAAAGAAGCUCACCUGCGCUGACAUGCCAUGCUUCAAUGGAGUCCAGUGUGAACCCACCCAAGAUGGAGGCUUUAAGUGUGGGCGAUGUCCUAAUGGAUACACUGGAGAUGGAAGAGUGUGUAAAGCUGUUUGUAGACACCCUUGCGGAAGGAACAUGGAGUGUGCUGCUCCGAACACAUGCCGCUGUAAGCCAGGGUACACUGGUCACAUCUGUCAUCUGGCAAUCUGCAGACCAGACUGUAAAAAUGGUGGAAAGUGUAUUGCACCUGAUGUCUGUGACUGUCCAAAAGGAUACCAUGGAGAGACGUGUGAAGCUGCUCUGUGCAGUCUGCCCUGUGAACACGGAGGCACAUGUGUGGCCCAGAACACCUGCUCCUGCCCAUAUGGAUUCGUUGGUCCAAGAUGUGAAACCAUGGUGUGUAACAGGCAUUGUCAGAAUGGAGGCAUGUGUGUUUCACCAGAUGAGUGCCAGUGCAGGCCAGGUUGGAGUGGUCCGUCCUGCGAGACAGCCACCUGUAGUCCUGUCUGUCUAAAUGGAGGCACCUGCAUUCGCCCAAAUACCUGCUCCUGUCCUCAUGGAUUUUACGGAUCACAGUGCCAGAAUGCUGUAUGUAGUCCACCAUGUAAAAAUGGUGGCCACUGCAUGAGGAAUAAUGUGUGCUCCUGUCCCGAGGGAUAUACAGGAAGCCGCUGUGAGAAAAGCAUUUGUGAUCCAAUGUGUCUGAACAGUGGAAGGUGUGUCAGUCCUAAUGUGUGUGAUUGUCCAUCUGGUUGGAAAGGAAAGCGAUGCCAUAAACCCGUCUGUCUGCAAAGGUGUCUGAAUGGAGGGGAAUGUAUAGGUCCAAAUACCUGCCACUGUACCUCUGGAUGGGAAGGAAUGUUGUGCCAAAUCCCUGUCUGUGAGCAGAAGUGCUUGUAUGGGAGCCGCUGCAUCAGGCCCAAUGUCUGUGCCUGCAGGAGAGGAUAUGCUGGGACAUCCUGUGGCAGGAAGCUUCCAAUAGGAAGAGGCUGAUACACUGAAUGUAAACUGUGCACUGAAGACACUGGCUUCCAGCCCUACAGCAUCUGCCAUCUGCCUUUUCGCCGGUGGUAUAAGGAGAGAAUCAACAGGAGCAGCAGUGGUUUCCAGUGAGGGAUUCAGCAGAGUUUGGACAUUUUUAUUAUGAGCAGUUGUAUAAUGUGUGGACUUUGUCAUGUGGACUUGACAUGUAUUGUAAUAUAAUUUUAAAUGAUUAUAUUUUAUACAUAAAGGGUAUAAAAUUAUAUAUAUAUAUCACUAGAAGUGCAAUUGUCCAUACUAUAUCUUUGUUAAGUUGUGUGUUCAUGUUACACAAUCUCCUUAUUAUCAGUGGGCUGGUGUUAUUAAAACAUGGCAGAGUCAGAUCAUUUUUCAUGCCCUUUGGUGCCAAACUGUACAAGAUUCUUCCAUUUUUUCUGAGGCUUGAAUUGCUGAUGAAUUUCAGAACGCCAUUCAACACUUCUGCUAGAACACAUCUGGGUACUUGCAGUAAUGAGUGUGGUAAAACAUGAGUCAUUAACAUAUCAAAGAGAGAGACCGGAAAUGUUUAGCACAUAAACAUAAGCGUUUGUAGAAAAGGUACUAUGGGAACAAUGAUUUACUCAACAGACUCUGACUCUUUUAAUGUAAAGAUUCCACAUGUAUUUUCCAAAUUGAAGCACUGUACUCUUUGUUCACCUGCUCUGAUUACAGUAUUAGAACCAUCACUGCCUGUGUUGCUAACUCUAAAGUGUAUAGCAGAUUACACCAGGGAGGACUCCCCACUAGUCCAGAAUACAUUUAAGCAUGUAAAUUAAUCAUUGUGUUCACUAUUCUUAAAAUAAGUUUAGAAUUUUCUGUUUAUUUAAACUUACACUUUAAAAUAAUAAAGGUGUAUUCAUUUUAAACCUAUUCCCAGAUGUGAUGGUUUAAAGCUUAGUUUGGUGACCACAACAAUAACUUCAACUACGAAAAAAACAUUUUGUAGUAUUGUGGAGUUUUCAAGGACCAGUUUAUACUAAGAUUAAUUCCAAUGGAUGAUUUUGUAGUAUAUUGUUUGAAAAUUGACCCUGACAGAAGUAAAUAGUUUUUUAUAACUCAGACUGAUAAUCUUUGCAAUAAGCAUUCACUACAAAACCCAGAUUGCUCUUUUUGUAUUGGUAAUGUUUUACAAUACUUGCAGAAAUCAAUUCCAAAGAGCAUCUGUGGCUCCAGUUUUUUUCCUAUAAAUUACAUGUUUUUUUACAGAACUUUAAGACACAUUUAAAACAGUGAUCAAGUUUCCAUGCUGCAUAAUGGCAAAAUCUCAAAACAAUCAUGGUCUUGUUGCCAAAUAACUAUUUCGUUUUGAUGUUUCUUUGGAAACUAGGUACACAGAUGUGCUUUGUUUAGAGUUUAGAGCCUCAGUUCACCAGACCUUAAUAAGUUUAUAUGAUUAGUAAAAUCAGCCAAGCAGAACCCUUUAAUAUACUGUAAUUCACCAGUUGAAGUGUAUCUUAAUGUAAACAAACAGGGUACAAAAUUAACUUUCAAUUUACAUUCAUUACUGAUUUACUUCAAAAACACCUCUGAUGUAAUAAAGCAGGAUUAGUCUCACAGCUGUUCGUAUUAAUGGCAUUGGAAAAUACAAUGCGUUAGCUUUCUGUACGUACUGUAGACACACUGUACUAUCCAGCCUUAAGAAUUAAGGCUGACAUUUCUCUGCUGUUUGGUUUUCAAAAUGGGACUCUGACUUAAAUUAUAGUCGUACAAUGGUUCAAUACUUUUGUACUGCAGACUGUGAUUUUGUAUAUAAUAAACAUUUUAUAUACUGUAUGUAUAUGCGUAUUGUUUUAGCAUU